AUGAGUUCCGAUCUGAUUUCUACUUUCUUGGGCCGCCGUCUUCCAUCUAGAGCAGUACAAGUGGGUGUAUUGAAUUCAGGAUUCCAAGGUUUGACAGAGAUGGUUGAUUUUGCCGUGGUUCAGAAGCUUCAUGUUUCAAACAUAUUCCAUAAAUCUUUCAUAGAGGUUAAUCAAGAAGGGACAGAGGCUGCUACUAGAAGAUGUGACUGGAGUUGCAUGUUCUGUUCAUUACUCGUGUUCAAUCCUCUUGAAUGCUUGCUGAAUAUACAUCUUGAACGACCUUUCAGAUUCAGCAUACAUGAAAAAAGGUCAACAGUGCCAUCUUCAAUGACUGCCAGGAAGCUAAAAGCUUAA